AUGCCCAACAUGUACCCUCGAUUCCCCACCAGCUGGGCUAACCUCUCGCACUGGAACCGACCAACCGCCCCAGUCAUCAUCGAACAGAAGAGAGAGAAAACACCCUCACCAUUCAUUCCUCCGAUUGACACCCUUGACCAGGAACCCGUCGUCCCAAACACGCUUUAUCCCAUUAAAGCGUACCGCUACCGCUCCUCCCGACAGCGAUGGAAGCACCUCGUAAUGCCGACCGAAGAGCAAGUCCAAGCCCUUAUGGACGACGAGGAGAAAAAAUACCCCACCACUCUCCGGAUCAUCACCUGGAACGUGGACUUUACGACGCCCGACGCUAAAACGAGGCUGAAAACUGCCCUACGCCAUAUCGAACGAGAAGUCUUGUCGUGCAAAGAGGGAGAUCUACCCUUCGAUCCAUGCUGCAUUCUCCUGCAGGAAGUCCAUAGGGACGUGUUUUGUGUGCUGCUCGAGGACGAGUGGGUGCGACGCCACUUUAUUAUCGCACCCGGGUCGCCCGACAAGUGGCCAGAAGGCACGGCAUACGGGAACGUCACCCUCGUGUCGCGCGUCCUCACCGUCGUGCGGAGCGAGAUCCUGCACUACGGCAAGACGUACAUGGGUCGGACGGCGCUUGCGGUCUACAUCCUCCUCAGCGAACCAGAACCCAGCGCGGAGAUUGUGACGAUCUGUGUUGUCAAUACGCAUCUCGAGUCGUUGAGUGAUGGGUUUGCGUACAGGAGCGCUCAGAUGGAGUUGGCGGGGAUGUUUUUGCAGCAGGCGGAGGUGAGGGGUGGGGUUGUUGCUGGUGAUAUGAAUGCAAUUAGCCCGGAGGAUCAUACGCUGCAUAUGGGGGCUGGGUUGAAGGAUGCGUGGAGGAAGGGGAAUGAGGAUGAGGGUGGUUUUACGUGGGGGUACCAGGAACACAAUCCGACGCAGUAUCCACCUGGGAGGUUGGAUAAAAUUUUGUACCUGCCGAGGAGAGGGUAUAAGAUGGAUCCGCCUGAGAGGGUGGGUGUGGGGGUGAAAACAGAGGAGGGCACGUGGGUGAGCGACCACUAUGGAUUGGAUUCGACCCUUCGCCUCGUCGCGCGACGCAAUUCGCAAUGAUUGACGAGCAAUUCGUAUGACCUCUUUUUAUGAUAACAUUCGUGACCAGCUUUGCACCGGUGGUUGUGACACUGUAGGAGACUUCUAAGCUUUGUACUUCGUCAUUACCAUGUAUUUUUUGUAUGUACUUUUAGUAGGACAGGACGCACUGUAUGAUGAUCAAGGAUGGAAAUCCAAGUACCGCAUGCGAGGAUCC